AUGGCGAACGAACUGGACAGAGUGCGAAUCUCGGCUGCGGAACUCCGAGCCGAAGCGUCGAAUUCAGUCAGUAUUACUGACUGUCAGAAAGUUGAAGAACAGGAGCAACAUACGCAUAAGCAGCCUAGGAAACGUGAUGGAAAGCGUCCUGAUCUGCAGCGUUACCAGCCAACAGCAGGUCAAAGACGAAGUCACCGUGACAGUGAGGAUGGGGAUGCUUCUAUACCUAGUCAAAGUGAAGACCCCCUUUCCCCUGAAUUGCAUGAGCAUGUUCAGCUGUCACAAAAUGAAAAAAAGACUUUCUCUGAUAAAGCACCAGACAGACAUGGAUGCACAGAUGGUGGAAUUGAUCCCCUCAAGACAAUAGAGGACAGGAUGAGAGGUGAUGGCAGUAACACUCAGAACUGUAGAAAGUCCACACCACACGCUAAAAUGGAAGAAAACCGAGAAAAGGACUGUGCUGAAAAUGACAGAGAACAUCAGGAGCCUGCUGGAGCUGCAAAGACACCAAGAAAAACUCGAAAACCAGACAGAGAAUUUUAUCAACCUGGAAGCCGAAGAAACAUUCAGGGAAAGGACUCUGGGAUUGGAAGAGAGCAGGAAAGACCUGGAAAUAGGAAGCAGGAACAGAAAACCGAGUCAGACUCCCAGUGGAAUACAGCAGAAAAGGAAGGAAACAAAAAUUCUUCUAUACAGAAGCAGGGAGGGAAAGAUAAAGAAGUAAAAGUAAUACAGGAGUCAAACAAAAAGCAAGGGAGUCGAGAUGCUGAAAAACCUCCUUUACCCUCUGAGGUUACUGUGGAGAAACUCACUAACAAAGUGGAAAAACUCAGUGUGAAAGAAAAGGGCAAAGUAAGAGGUGUGGGCCAAGAUGCUGAAGAGGCUGGUUGCAGCAGAGGAGAAACAACUGAUAAAGCAAAAAGAGGUGCUGAAAUAAAAGAGGAUGAGGAAAAGAAAAAGGAGAAGGGAAACCGCCGGAGAAGAGGAGGGGAGAAGGAAAAAGAGAAAAAUCAGGAUUCCAUUAGAGGAGAAGAUAAUAUUCCUGGCAGAGAAAAGGGAAACCAAGGUAAAAUGGAGAACGAAAGACACCGAAGAGAAACAGACAGGGAUAACAGACCAGGUAAAACAGGAGAGACACACCAAAACAAAGGAAAAGAGAAUCGCAGGGAAAGCAGAAGAGGUGACAAUAACAACAACAGAUCCCGAGAUGCAACAAAAGAUGCUAAAGUAGACAGAGCAGAAAACAGGCCUGUUGAAAGAAGUGACAAAAAUAAAUCCAAUGCAAAUAUCACAACACCAACCUCAAAACGCUACUCUAAAUCAGACAUUCGACGCUCACGAAAUCGAACUUACAGCAGUAGCUCAGCAAGCAGUGUGACUAGCCUGGAUGGUCCCGGGCUGGGAAUAGAAGUGGUUAGUACGAGGCGGCCGCGUUUAGAUCCAAAGCGCAAUGACAGAGAGAGCACAGCAAAUAGUAAAGAUAGCAGGAGGAUUCAUCUGCCGAGCUGGACAACAAAUGGAGAAUCAUCUACAGAAUCACUGGAAGGGAGUGAGAUGAGUGAUGUAGCAGAGGAUAGAAGGAAGAAAAGACAAGGUGGAGAGGUUGAUUUAAGUGCAGAGAGACGGAGGGAAGAGAGGAACAGGUCAAAGGGAAACAAAGGUGGAAGUCGGGGUAUCCUUAGGGUGUCUCUGGAGAAGCAAUCAUCACAAAGUGGGGAUGUACAACAUCGUAAGCAAGGCAUGGUUCCUCGAGGCAGAGGUGGGGGUAUCUUGGUGCUUCCAUCCCGCACAGACAUCUCUAAUUCACCUGAGGGUGGACAGAGGCUACUUUUUGGCGGAAUUCGAGGAGGAGCAGCUUCCAGGAGCAGAGGGGGCAGGGGAGGAGGAGUAAGACGACUCUGGGAUCCAAAUAACCCAGACCAGAAGCCAGCUUUGGUCAACACCCAGUCCUCUCCGCAUUCAUCUCUACAGCAGCCGACAUAUCUUCAGACAGGAUCUGGGUACGGUCAGCUUCACUUUCUGGACACAGAUGAUGAAGUGUCUGGUAGUCCUCCAGUCACACAGGGCGAGCACUUUCGGUCCCAGCAGCAGGCUGCUGCCCUGGCCUACUACAAGUUUCAGAACUCUGAUAAUCCCUAUUGCUACCCUAUGCCCACCUCCAGCCCACAUAAUCCCAAUACUCCUAGCAGCCAGCGCUAUGCAUAUCCUUAUCAUAUGGGCCCGUACCAAAUGGCUCCUCCUAACGGCAUGUACCCAGGCCCAGGCGUGGGUCAGUUUUGUGGUGGUUACAGGGCAGCAGGUUAUUCCCAGCCUGGCACAGGAGGUGGUUUGUCAUAUGAAGAGGUUGAGCAACAAGCCAGAGGGGAGUUGGGGAGGCUGUUAAGGGCUGCAGAUGCUCAAGAGCUCCAGCUCAGUAACCUGUUGUCCAGGGACAGACUAAGUGCAGAUGGACUGGAUCGCAUGGGCCAGCUCAGAGCGGACCUUUUGUCACUCUAUGAGCAGGCCAUUCUGACAGACAUCGAAUUCUCAGACUCUCAAAAUGUGGAUCAGGCCUUGUGGAAAAACGUCUUUUACCAAGUAAUAGAACGCUUCCGACAGUUACUCAAAGACCCCAGUUAUGAAAGCAGCCCUCGUAUCAGAAACAUGCUGCUCACACUGCUUGAUGAGGGAGCUCUGUUCUUUGAUGCACUGCUUCAGAAACUGCAGACGGUGUACCAGUUCAAACUAGAAGACUACAUGGAUGGCAUGGCCAUUAGAGCUCGGCCAUUGCGCAAAACGGUAAAAUAUGCACUCAUCAGUGCUCAGCGUUGCAUGAUUUGUCAAGGAGACAUAGCACGCUAUCGGGAACAGGCCAGUGACUCUGCCAACUAUGGAAAGGCCCGCAGUUGGUAUCUUAAAGCCCAGCAGAUAGCUCCUAAGAAUGGACGGCCAUAUAACCAGCUGGCCCUGCUGGCAGUCUAUACAAAACGGAAGUUGGAUGCUGUAUAUUAUUACAUGCGCAGCUUGGCAGCCUCCAACCCAAUCUUAACUGCAAAGGAGAGCCUGAUGAGUCUGUUUGAGGAAGCUAAGCGCAAGGCAGAGCAGCUGGAGAGGAGGAGGAGGCAGGAGCAUGAAGGAGGCUCCAGGGGUCCGGCAGUAAGAGGAAGAGGAAGAGGAGAGGAAGGAGCACGUGUAGAGAUUUGGAUUCGGCCCAGUGGACAAGCAACGACUCCAUCCUCACACAGAGGAGGCAGCGAGUCCAGUCGAGACUCUGAACAGGAUGGAGAGUUGUGCACUCUUAGUGCUAGUGAUCUAAACAAGAGAUUCAUUCUGAGUUUCCUGCAUGCACAUGGGAAGCUCUUCACUAAAGUGGGCAUGGAGACCUUCCCUGGGGUAGCAAGUCGUGUUCUCCAGGAGUUUAGGACACUGCUUCAGCAUGGACCCUCCCUACUGGGCAGCACACAUAUGCUGCAGAUAAUCACCAUCAACAUGUUCACCAUUCACAAUGCCCACAGCAGAGGUGAGGAAGGAGAUGUACGUUCUGUUUUACAAGAGCAAAGCACUGCCCUUGGCCUUGGAAUAUUUGCACUGUUGGUGCAGCGCUGCACUGAGCUACUUAAAGAAACGCAUGCAGAACCAGUGUCCACACCAGAUGGAGGGGACCAGCUGGAGGGCAUGGUAAGGGUCUCUGCUUUCCCAGUGGACCUUAGGGAAUUACUGCCCAGCAUCAAGGUGUGGUCUGACUGGAUGUUGGGACACCCAGACCAGUGGAAUCCUCCUCCAUGCAGUAUAGAUUGCAGCCCUGAUGUAUGGCAGUGUCUAGCCGACCUGUGCAACGUACUGGCUCGUGUGGACCAUGAAGAGGUGCCGCUAUACAAAGUCGACACGGACGAAGGUGAGGGAGACGAGGAGUUGACAGUGCUGCAGCUGAAGGAGGACAGGCUGUUGGCUGGCUUUGUGCCCCUGCUGGCUGCACCACAGGAGCCCUGUUACACAGACAGACAAACUGACAUGUCAAUAGCAGCUGAUUGUAAGAGGGUGACUGUGCUAAAAUACUUCUUGGAAGCUUUAUGUGGACAGGAAGAGCCUCUGUUGGCCUUCAAAGGGGGUCAGUACAUCUCACUGGCAAAUUCUCCUCCUCCUACCAACACAAAAGAUUCAAGGAGCCAGCAUGAGUCUCUAACCGAGAAAGAGGCUGACGAUGUUAUUGUGGAGGCAGAGUCAUCUGUUUCUGCGUCAGAAGAAGAGGACGAUAUUGAGGAAGAAGGUGACAGUGAGAACGACAUUAAGCAGCUGAGGGCACGACGCCAUGCUCUUGCCAACAAAUUGGCCCAGCAGCAGAAGCGCAGGGAUAAAAUCCAGGCGGUGCUACAGACAGGUGGACAGUUGGAGCUGGAGGUGCGACCUCUGUUUUUGGUUCCAGAUACCAAUGGAUUCAUCGACCACCUGGGGGGACUGAAGAAACUGCUCCAGUGUGGCACCUAUAUAAUAGUUGUGCCGCUCAUAGUGAUUACAGAGUUGGAUGGCUUGGCCAAAGGCCAGGACAGCUUUGGUGGGGCAGGGUCAGGUGGGCGCAGCACUGGCAGUCGUGCAAACUAUAAUGUUAGUGCAGCACAUAUGAGGGCUGUGCAGGAGAAGGCCAAGUUAUCAGUGGCAUUCCUAGAGAAAGGGUUCGAGGCCAGGGAGCCCUGCCUCAGAGCGCUGACGAGCAGAGGAAAUCAGCUCGAGUCUAUCGCCUUUCGCAGCGAAGACACUUCUGGACAACAGGGUAACAAUGAUGAUGUGAUCCUGUCUUGCUGUCUUCACUACUGCAAAGACAAGGCGAAAGAUUUCAUGCCUGAUCAGAGAAAUGGAACUGUGAGACUGCGAAGAGAGGUGGUACUACUCACAGAUGACCGUAACCUGCGUGUUAAAGCUUUGACUCGCAAUGUCCCAGUCCGGGAUAUCCCUGCUUUCCUCAGCUGGGCUAAAGUGGGCUGAACGAUGCUAAGCUGAACUUAAGGAGCCCAACUGCUAAAGUCUGCUUGCCACUCAGCCAAACGAGAAGACACACUUAGGCAGAGGAAGAAGAGAAGACAGAGGAGAGAGAAGGAAUAGAAAAGCAAAGAAACCACUUCUUAACAAGUUAAAGUAGUGAGAACAGAGUGGUUUCAGCGAGCUUUUUCCCCUCAUGAUGAAGUGUGUGCGUGUGUGUAUGUGUGUUAAGAUCAACGAGCUUCCCCACAAAGAGAAAGGGAGACUUGGUAAGUCCCUGGAAGGCUUGACCAGAGGGGAGAGAAGAGAUAGGCGUGGAGUGCUUGGAUUUGUAGGCCUCUGUGCCUAGCUAGUGUGCACUGUGCGAGCAGCAUUAAAAGUUGAGACUGAUGGUAGAAUGAGCCAGAGUAUUUAUGGUGAUUUAACUGAUUAAAGACAGCUGUUUUGAACGCCAUAACUGGCACUUCCACUUGUCUUUGAGGGCUCAGUCUUACAGACGGACCUACACAGCAGAGCUCAGUGAAUGGUUGGAGAAGGGGAGCAGCUAGAGGGUCUGGUUCAAGACGAUGAAAUGAGGCUGAUGGUAGUGAGGGACACGAAGCCCUCCUGUAUCUAAAUGUCUCUGAGGAAAUGAGUGCAGGUAGAGUAUUUCCUGCUCACCCAGGAAGUGCUUUGAUACCUGUUUUAGAAUUUAGUGAGAAAAUGUUUAAAACAACCUAAACACAGAACAUUGGUUCAUACUUGUUUUCCUCUUUUUUUUUUGUUCAUUUUGAGCUUGUGCGUACAGCAUUUUGCUUCCUUCACGAAGGUGAUUUGUUACAUAUUUGUCUUAGGUUGUAAGUAUCUGCAAGGUUUUUUCAGUCCCUUGAGUCUGUAAAGAAUUACUUUUAAUUAGAUAUGAGUACAAUUUUGGUUAUUCAGUGUGGAGAGUAGAAUUUGAUGUGUGGGAUAUUUUCAAUUCCAAAAAAUAGUACAGCAGUGAUUUUACAUAUUGGGUUGUAUUCUUCUGGAGUAUUAAAAGAAUUAAAAUGUUAAUUUGUGAGUUAUGUUGGACACAGGUCUGCUUUAAGCAGCCAUGCUGAGUUGGAAAUGGUUUGAUUCGUAACAGUGACUUUGCAGAUACUUGAUGAUAGAGCACCUCUGGUAACUGCUUCACUUUGUUUUGUACUUGAAGUUACUGCUAUCUGAUAUCAGUUGUUUUUUGUUUUCUUUUUUUGUUUUCCUCCAAAGCACUAUUUUGUUUUUCAUUAUCAGUACCAGUUUGCCUUUAAAGAUUUAGGCCUUUUUUGAGGUUACAAAUCCAAGUUUUCUUUAUCACAGCAUAAUAUGUGCAAUCAACCAUACAGUUCAACAACAGCUCAGUUCUCCAUAGUCAAAUAAAUGGUUGUAUUUGUGUCUUGCUGUACAUCGCUUUGUGAAACAAUCUAAAGAGAUUUUGUGUCAUGUUUAUGCUUCUCUGAGCAUGCCAGUCACUUUCUGGAUACAUUAAAUGGAUUAAAACUACAGCUUUGCUCUGUUAUACAGUAUAUAAAUCACAUCCAUGAUACAAGGAUACUGUAUGUAGAAGUGGUUACCCUGCUUUCUGUUUUUCCUGCACUUUUUCAGCUUGGCUUGUACAACUUCUAGCAGCAGUGGAUGUGUCUGUGUUUGUAUGAACCAACAGUCGGGUUUAUUAACAAGAUUGUAUUUUUGUUUUUCAACCACAUUGUUGUGCUACUGUAGUUGUCAGUGUAAACUUGUUGUGCUGCCGCUGUGUUUAAUGUUUUAUUGUGGGAGCAAAUGCGCCUAAGUACAUAUUCAGUUCUACACCACUGACUUUUUUUCUGUGCAUCAAUAAAAUUGUGACAAACA